AUGGAUGCGGAGCCAAAGCCCAGGGCGCGAGAGCGUUCUGGCCGUCCACAGUUCCGCAAGCCACGCGUGCGGCUGAAUUUCUCGCGCAAUAUGGCGGGCGCGACUACCGGGAAUGAUGGCCCAAAGACGAAGGCGUACAUGCAAGGCUACGACCGCGAACUGGACAGCGAAGACGAAGAUGCCGGCGAGGGAAUGGCGUUUGAGGAGCAAAUGAUUUUGCGCCUCCCAGAGGGCCCAGGAGUUGAUGGCGAGCUAGAUGAGCUGCGCAGGGAGAUCCGAAAACGCGGCACAUUUCCGCCGAAUCUUUGGUUUAAAUUCAAAGACUCGCGCCGCGCCAUUUUUCACAUCGGAUCCCAGCUCUACUCUGCAAAGAUUGUAGACCUGCCAUGCAUUAUCGAGUCGCACAAAACGCUGGAUAGCAAGCAAGUAUUUAAAAUUGCCGACAUCUCGCAAAUGCUGCUUGUCCAGCGUCCACUAAGCAGCGAGGCGGAAGCGACCGGAUCGCAGACGAACCGUGCCACGGGCUCGGCGAAAUUUAAUUUGGACGACUAUAUCUACCCACACGGCAUCACUCCCCCGCUGAACUGGGCACGCAAACGUCGGUUUCGCAAGCGCAUUCACAACCAAUCGAUUGAGCAUGUGGAAAAAGAAGUGGACACACUGCUCAACGACGACCGCCGCGCCGAGCGAGUGGAUUAUGAGUUUGUCGACCCCGCAGAAGCGGAUAUUCUGGAGCAAGAGAUUGCAAAUGCAAAACUGGGUGGGGAGAUGCUCGGCGCCGAUGACGGAUCUUCCCAGCAAGAUUCCGAAAACGACGAUUCCGACGACGACGACACACGCAUCGCCGAUGGCGAAGGAAUGGACGACGAGAAUGUAGACCAGGAUCUUGCUGCAGAGCUUGAUGCCGCGCUUGCGCGCGAACAUGGCGAUGGAGACAGCAUUUCCGGCAGUGACAAUGACCAGGGCCCCAGCGACGACGAGCAAAGCCGGCGUGACAGUGACUUGGAAGAUUUGUGGGACGACGACGACGCUGACGAGGACAAUGACGAUACGGUAGCGGUCGGCGCGGCAGAAGAAGACAAGGACGAUGAUGACGGCGAAGAAGAAGCGGAGCGUCGUGUGCGCGAGUCGCAGCUCGAAGCGGAAUCGCGCGAGAUCGAAGUAUUGAUCCGCCGCAAGCAGCAAGACGUGGACUCCACCAUGAAUACAUUGAUCAAGGGACGCCACCAGCAAGCACUGCGCAAGCUGCAAGUGGAGCACGAUUUGAAGAAGAAACACUUGAACGACAUUAGACAGCUGCGCCGAACAAUUCGCGAGGAGCGCGCCGCCGAAGCGAAAGCACGGCUGGAAAAGGCGAAAGAAGCGGCGCAAGCAACUGCAGUGGCAGGCCCGAGCGAAGAAACGGACGAGGCUGCGGACGCAAGUGCUAAGCAAGGAACCACAGAGCCAUCUAAUUCGUCGUAG